GUCAAAAGUCAAAACAUAACGGCCUUGAGAGUGUUUAACCUUUCGUUUUGUUUUGUUGUGAAUUAUGAUUUUAAACGGCUCUAAAGAAUUUUUCAAUUUAAAAUGAUUGAAGUUAUCGCCAAAUUACCUCACGGUCAUAUAUUUUUGUCAGGAGAAACUUUAGAAUGUAAUGUUACUUUUACUCAUCUCCCAUCACCUACCCUUACGGUAGCACAAAGUCAUGAAGACGUUUUCGAAAGUUUGGCCUGGGCUUCUGCCCAAAUUCAUUGCUAUUGUUUCACGGACGUAAAAGUUUCUAAAGACAAUAAUUCGGAAAAAGUUGCGAGUUUUCCAGGAACUGCUCUAAGUGCUUCUAGCAAUGAAAACGCCAAGCUUGUGAGUGCUACUAAACCCAAGAUAUUGUUCUGUGAUUUAAGAUUGUCUCCUGGUCAAUCCAAAACUUAUACCUACAUUGAACACAUUCCAAAUGAUUCUCCUCCUUCCUAUAGAGGACAACUAGUAAAAUAUUCUUAUAAAAUAACUGUAGGGACCCAAAGGGUUAACAGUCCUGUAAAGUUACUUAGAGUUCCCAUAAGGGUGUUGCCACUCUGUGAGACAUUGCUGAAUGAUGCAAUGGCUCUUUGUAAUGAUACUACUGAUGAAUUAACCCCAGCAAAUCCUUUUAUGGAGAUAAAGAAGAAAGAAAGUCCUUUGGAUGUUGCUUUACAAGGUUUACAGAAUAUAACAGCAAGAAGAAAUCCCAAUUAUUAUAUGAUAACAAACACUAGAGGAAAAGUAGUACGAUUUUGUCUAUUUAAACCAGCCUAUAAACUAGGUGAAGAUAUCAUUGGCACUUUUGAUUUUACUGUAGCUACUGUGAGCUGUAUACAAGUCUCUGUAUCUCUUCAGUGUGAAGAAAAAACUACUUUAGAAGGUGGAGAUAGUAAUGAACAAACUAGAAUAAUGACUUUUGGAAAUUUUCAUGAUGUUUGUUUGGGCUAUGAUUAUACACAAUUGAUUUUGCCAAUACCACUGUAUGUUACGCCUGAAUUUAGUACUAAAUUAGUUGGUUUGAGUUGGAGACUUCAUUUUGAAUUUGUGACAAGUACAAACAAAGAUUUGAUUUUACCCCCUCUACAACAAACCGAAUGGCAGGCACCUUCAGAGGUUACAGUGGAGACCAUGGUAUGGAGUUUACCAAUAAAACUAUAUUCUACAACUCCCAAUCAAGUUGCUCAAGGUGUUAUAACAAAUACUGAAAACAAAAUAGUCAUUAGAGCGAGAAUUUGGUUGAUAGCAUGCGGUAGAAAUGAGCUUAUGCAAGAUGUCGCUAAAUUGCAUACUCUGUCACACAAGUUAUGUGCCAUUCAUUUUGAACAAACUAUGCUUGCAAAUGAGCAGCAUAAUAGGUUGCUGAAACAUGCAGUGCCUCGAAUAUUUCCUGCUUUAGAAGGUGGUAGUUCAAGUAUUGCACUUACAUCCCAACUUCGCUGUGAAACCAGUGAACUCCUAGGUAAUAAUACCGACUUUAACCAAUAUUUAGAAAUUUUUUGA